UCGAUGUGUAGCGUUUCAUUCAAUCUUAUUCAUACUUCGACGAACAACGGAUGCGAAUAGUUGCGAUCUCGCUAAAACAAAGGAGUGCAGUACCAAAAGUGCAGUCUGGUGUGAACUGAAUUUUUGUAUAUCCUGUAUACUGUGUUAUUUUUUACUUCUGUGAAAACUUACUUGUGAAAAGAUGGUUCUGGAGAAGGAAAACCUAGCCGAAGCCAUGGAGGGUAUCAUCAAGAACACUCGCAAAGUGCUUACGGAAAGUGGAGCUAACGUAACCCCGACCAAGGCGACACCAAGCACCAUCACGACCGCGAUGGAGGAAGACAAGGAAACAAUGGACGGCAAUACUGUCGAUCCGAAAGAACUAGCCAAAAGCGAACUGUCCGAGGUCCAUCUGCAGGAAUCGGCUCCGUUCGAUCCAUCGAUCGAACCACUGCUGAAGGAUAACCCUCGUCGGUUUGUGAUCUUCCCCAUUCAGUAUCCGGACAUUUGGCAGAUGUACAAGAAGGCUGAAGCUUCCUUUUGGACCGUGGAAGAGGUGGAUCUGUCCAAGGACAUGAAAGACUGGGAAUCGUUGAAACCGAAUGAACGUCACUUUAUCUCGCACGUGCUUGCCUUCUUUGCCGCAUCCGAUGGCAUCGUUAACGAAAACCUGGUGGAACGUUUCAGCCAGGAGGUACAGGUUACGGAAGCGCGCUGUUUUUACGGGUUUCAAAUAGCGAUGGAGAAUGUGCACAGCGAGAUGUACUCACUGCUAAUCGACACGUACAUUCGCGACCCAAAGCAAAGAGAUUUCCUGUUCAAUGCCAUUGAAACGCUGCCGUGCGUGAAGAAGAAGGCUGACUGGGCACUGAACUGGAUCUCGAGCAAGAAGGCAAACUUUGGCGAACGUGUCGUUGCGUUUGCUGCCGUUGAAGGUAUCUUCUUCAGCGGUAGCUUUGCCUCCAUUUUCUGGCUGAAGAAGCGUGGACUGAUGCCGGGACUGACGUUUUCGAACGAGCUUAUCUCGCGCGAUGAAGGCCUGCACUGCGAUUUUGCCUGCCUGAUGUUCAAGUAUCUGGUACAGAAACCUUCCAAGGAGCGCGUGACGGACAUCAUCCGUGAUGCGGUUGUGAUUGAGCAAGAAUUUUUGACGAAGGCACUACCGGUCGAUAUGCUCGGUAUGAACUGUGAUCUGAUGUCACAGUACAUCGAGUUCGUGGCCGAUCGAUUGCUGCUGGAGUUGGGCUGUGACAAGAUCUACCACACCAAAAAUCCGUUCAGCUUCAUGGAGUUCAUCUCGCUCGAGGGCAAGACAAACUUCUUCGAGAAGAAGGUGGGCGAAUACCAAAAGUGGGGUGUGAUGGCAAACCGUCUUGACAACGUGUUCACGCUCGAUGCAGACUUUUGAGAGCGCGAGCGCACCAAAAGAAAAAGGAAUCGUUAGAUAAUUUCGUGAUCAGAGGCUGACGCAUCCGGUAUGCGUGUGUACUUCUAUGAUAAGCAGCGCGGCAUUCGUAAGAUUUGGCUGGAGAGGAGUUAGUGCAGUUCAGCCCCCAAUUUCCCAACCCAUCGAUCCUUCGCGAAGAAACCUAUAAUUUCUAUUAAUCAAACCUUUUGUUCAGCAAACACUUGACAACACUUUACAUCGAGAUUCUCAUCAAGUCAGCAUAGGUAUGGUAGGCCAAAGUAGUAGACACGAGAAUAUUGUAUGUUUUUACGCUUUUUAUUUUAUGCAAUACUGUAAAACUACUUCCCUCACAACUGUAUUCGGUAACUGUCUGUUUGUCAGCCAGAGUCAGAGUUAUUCCUCUCUUUCCACAAUUUCGUACAUUAAUUUUACCCAUUUAAAUAUCGAGGCAGGAAACGUGUGAAAAUUUGCGAUAAAGAAACUAGUUUUGACGCGAGUUGCACUGACGGACGAAUCACAACUUGAGCAGGGAAAUGUGUGUGGCUACACGGUUUUCUUUUUCGACUUACUAUCACCCAACUUCGCCGAAUGGUUGGUUCGACACACGGCCUGCAUUGUCGUGGAAGGCGGCAUUGCCCAGGUGCUAUGAAGUUUGGGAUACAAUUAAAUUGUAGUUAUAUCAUUAAUAUUAUAUAAUCAGACGUAUACACAUCGUUCAAUGGAAUGGAACAUCUGUUUUGAUGAAUCUGCCUACGAAUAAAGCUUUUAUAAAUAUAUA